GGCUCAUUCGGUCGUCGUCGGCGGUCACACGCACACGCAGGCCUCAGCCUCGACCAACACACGAACUCCUUUUUACCCCCCCACGAAAAGCCUCCGUUCUCGGCGAGGGAGGGAACGCCCGAGUGCCAGGGAGCCGAGGCGAAGUCCAAGCGCUUUGCCCGGCGAGAUCGACACCACCAUGAGGCGAGGGCAAGACUCCGCGCUCAACACUCUCCUCGUCCUGGCUUUCGCUCUCCCCUUCGUCGUCUCUCAGGGAGCUGAAGUUCAGACGACGUCGACGACAGACGAGAGACUCACCGGCGACGCUGCUGGCACCGACGCAGGCGAUGGCGCGGCGUACACGAGCGGGCCCCGCGAGCGGCGGUUUCUCGGGCCGCAGGCGAGACGGAGCUGGUUCGUGGAUAACGCUGGCCCGCGCACCUGGGGCUUCUCGGUGGGCACGCUCCCGCUCGACUCCAACUACAUGAGCAAGCUCCUGCAGAGAGCCAACCUCCGGAGCAAAUACCGCAAGAACGCGGCCCUGCGGAGCGUCGAGAAGAAGAGCAUGUCGUCCCUGGCGGCGGCGAACAACAUGCCGCGAUCGCUGACGGCGUUCGCUGCCGACGGCCGCCUCAAGAACCACGACAAGCGCAGCAUCGCCAGCAUCGCCCGCGACGGCAACCUGCCCUCCAACAUGAAGCGCAGCGUGCAGGACGCUGCCUCCGCCGAGGACGAGAAGCGCUCGCUGUCCUCGCUGGCGCGCUCCGGCAACCUCCCCUUCCCGCUCGACGAGAAGAGGAACGUCGCCUACAUCGCCAAGACCAAGAGCAACGCCAUGAACGACGUCGCUGAGAAGAGGAACGUGGCCUACAUCGCCAGAACCAACAGCGAGAACAUGCAAGGUCCCAGCGAGAAGAGGAACGUGGCCUACAUCGCCAGAACCAACAGCGAGAACAUGCAAGGUCCCAGCGAGAAGAGGAACGUGGCCUACAUCGCAAGAACCAACAGCUUGAGCGCAAAUGAACCUGACGAGAAGAGGAAUGUUGCUUACAUUGCAAGAAUGAACAGCAAAGCCUUGGAGGCCCCAGACGAAAAGAAGAACGUUGCCUACCUCGCCCGCACCAACAGCCUGAACGUCGGCCCUCCGGACAACAAGAGAAACGUCGCCUACGUCGCCAGGAGGAACAGCAGUGACCUAGAGGCCCAGGACGAGAAGCGCAACGUCGCCUACCUGGCCAGGGCCAACAGCAGGGCCAUGGAGGACUCGCUCGCCGAGGACAAGCGGAACGUGGCUCACUUCGCCAAGAUCACCAGCGAGAACCUGACCUCGAACGACUCGCUGGAAGCCGAGAAGCGCCACCUCUCGAGCCUGGCGCGGGCCAACGACCUCCCCAUGAUCAAGAGCCAGGAGAAGCGCUACCUCGGGGCCCUCAUGAAGAGCCAUCCGCCCUCGUUCAUCGGCCAAGGGAAACGCUACUUCGCCGCCCCCUUCGCCGCCUACCGCAGUAGAGAGGACUACGACAAGCGCUUCUACGGUUCGCUCCUGAAGGCCGACACGCCCUUCCUGCCUUCAGACAUGAAAGCCGAGCAGGACAAGCGACACUUAGCCUCGCUGAUCAAGAGUCAGUCGCUGCCCUUCUACCCGGACAAGCGCUACUACGCGUCGCUCCUGAAGAACAGGGACUAUUUCCUGCCCUCGCAAGGCGGAGACCACGACCAGGACAAGCGUUACUAUGGCUCCAUCCUGAAGAACCUCCCCGGGCCCUUGGGAGACGAGGACGACAUCGACAAGCGCUACUACUCCUCUCUCCUGAAGAACCUUCCCCCAGCCGACAUGUCCAAGAGCGUGGAGGAGAAGUCGUCCAAUGGCUUGAUUGCGAAUAAGAGGUACUUGGCGUCGCUACUGAAGAGCAGAGACAGCGGUCUGUUCACCCAGAACAAGCGCCACAUUUCCUCUCUCUUGAAAGGCAAGAAGUCGGACGAUUCACUCGAUGAGAUCGAUGAGGAUAAGAGGUAUUACGCGUCUCUGCUGAAAGAUAAGAAGUUCGACGAUUCCGACGACCUAGAGACGGAGAAGCGCUAUCUUGCCUCGCUCUACACGAAAAAAUCCGACGACGGCGAAUUCAGCGAAGACAAACGGCACUACGCUUCUCUCCUCAGCAAGAAAGCAGACGACGUCGUGGAAGAGACCAGCGCAGACAAAAGGCACAUCGGUUCUCUCCUGAGUAAGAAAUCUGACUUUAUGGACGAGACGAAUGAGGACAAGCGGUAUUUUGCUUCGCUCCUGGACAAGAGGGACGGGGAUUCGUACGAGGACAACAACGACGACAAACGCUACCUUGCCUCUAUCCUUCAUAAGAAAUCCGAGGACUCUUUCGACGAGACGAGCGAGGAAAAGCGACAUUACUCGUCCCUCCUGAAGCACAUCGCUUACGAAAACGCCCUCGACGACGUCCUGCAGAAGCUCAAGGGCUCUGGGGAUCAGAUGGAUGCGGAAAAGAGGUACUACGCGUCUCUGCUCAACAAGAGAGCCGACUCGGAGGAGGACCAGGAGGACCAGGAGGACCAGGAGGACCAGGAGGACUCACCUUACGAAGAGAAGAGGUACCUGGCCUCGCUCCUCAAGCACAAGAACUCGGACGACUUCACCGACGGCGCCGAGAAGCGUUACUUCGCCUCGCUGCUGAAGGGCCGGGAGAGCGACCUGCAGAAGCGUCACUUGGCGUCGGCCCUGAGAGCCUACGGCGACCCCACCGCCGGGAAACGGUACUUCGCCUCCCUCCUGAAGCACAAGAACGCCGACGAAGACGACCUCGAGUUGAUCAAGCGCUACUACGCGUCCAUCUUGAAGAGGUCCGAUUCCGCAGGCGUGGACGAAGUCUCGCAAGAGGAGAGCAGCGACUUUGGCUACGAUGACCAGUUUAAUAACGUGGAUGACCUUGUUGACGCUCAGGACCAGGAGAAGAGGCACAUUGCGUCACUCCUGCAGAGCAAAUCUCCCCUGAAAUCGUUUGAUGGUAAGCGACACAUCGCGUCCCUAAUGCAGAACCGCCAGUCUGCCUUCGGACCCAGCACGGGCAAGCGCCACAUCUCCUCCCUCAUGAGGAACAGGCAGUCGGGCUUCGCCGGCGGCUCCUCGGUGUCCGGCGACGCCCAGAACCACCCGAGGCGCAAGCGGUACGUCGGCUCCCUCGCCAAGAACAACGACCUGGCCUUCCUGUACUCGCGAUCCCGCCAGAACCGCCGCGAGGCACCCAACACCCGCGAGGACAACGUGGCCUACCUGGAGCGCCUCAUCCGCCUCAAGAUCCAGAACGGACUCAUGCGCGAGAAGCAGCGCCAGAACCUCCUCGGAGCCAACGCCAAGAUGUACGUCAUCCUCGACGACAUCGGCAACGGCCUGGGCCUCGAGGACGACCGCGCGCAGGGAGACAAGAGGAACAUCCAGGCCCUCGCGAGAGACGGGGUCUCGUACGCCAACUGGCCCGGGAAGCGACUCGGCGAGGAGGACGAGAUGGCCAGGAACGCCUACUACCCCGCCGACGUCUACUACCUGGCGACGGAGGAAGGGGCGCCGAGGGCCGUCAACAAGCGCUUCCUAGGCUCGCUCGCCCGCAGCAGCUGGUUCCCCCGGCAGUACCGCAAGGAAUACGACUCCUCCGACAUCAGGAAAAGAGCCUCUCCUGCCGAAGGCCUCCAGGACGGCGAGGAUGACGAGAACAACGCGGUCGACAUGGCCAUGGGGGACACGGGCGCCUUCUACACCUACGACUUCUGAUCGCCCUCGACAUCGACCCGCCCACUCGCUGGGAUGUCGCGUGGGCGGGGGCGGUCGAGGCUGAACGUCGAGCUCACUGAAACCCCCUUGUUUACUUUCUGUCGCAUCCAUACUUUGUAACCCCAGGAACAUUGUAACCCCAGGAAGUGUAUCUCCGUUAUUUAAUAUCAGAUAAAUGGCCGUAUAAAUAUAAAUAUAUAUAUAAAUAUAUAUAUAUAUUUAAAUAUAUAUAUAGACACAUAUAUAUAAAUAUAAAUACACAUAUAUAUGUUCCUUUUUUUCAAAGCAAUGUACAGGACCCUUCAACUGGCCAAAACAAUUUCGCUCACUGUGGCCUGCCUGGUGAAUUAUAUGUUUCGUGAUAAAACUAAUAGUAGACAUACAACACCCACUGAUGUAUCGGUUGACCCUGCUUGUUGGGAAAUCUGCAUUCCGCCUCUUCCGCGUCACUUUUUCUGCUUCUCUCUACUUCUCCUUCCGUCUCCUUUAAAGUGUUUUUAUAUCCUUUCCUCCCGUCGUGAGAAUCGCUUCCUCCGCCUGUAAUGAACGUCUGCGGAAGGGCGCCGCCUCCCCCAGUGACAAAAGCCUGGUGAAAACAUCCCCGGCGGCAACCCAUCAAGGCGCUCGUGCAGUUCAUUAAGCUUCCGGGGGAGGGGCCUGGCCGCGUUCACUCGGUGUUUGUUGUUGUCUGGCGGGAAGGCUUUUCGUCGGAAUGAACGCGGCCGGGAGGUGGGGCUCCAUCCUGAACGCGAAAGGAAUGAGGGUCACGUGGAGGGAAGUUUCGAAACUCUUUUUUUUUUUUUUUUUUUUUUUUUUUUGCGUGUGAUUCGAGAUGCUCUUUUUUUUCCAUGAUAGGAUGACGAUCUAGAUCCACCACCAUUUGCGAAAUGACAAUAAGACCUCAAAAUUGAUAACCACAGUAAAAAGAAAAAAAAAAGUUACAUAUACCCCAACGAGACUCCAAAAAUGAAGAAAGAUAAUCCCCCCCUCCCCCCACACUGCCUUCCCACUUAUCCCACGCAAGUAAAAUAUCGCCCACUGCCUUCCCAAAGUGAACGCGGCGCCCAUAAUGAAAUAAAAUCACUCAGGCAGUGGCCAUUAGAGAGGCUAAUUAAUGCACGUACCCGAAGUGGAAAGGAAAAGAUCGAUCGCGCUAUGAUAUAAGAGCGAAUGGGAAGAUAAGAUGAUGUAAUAUGAUAAUGAGAUGAUCCUGAUGAUAAUAUUUGGUGUGGAUAAUAAAAGGAUAUUGUAAUAAAAUACGACACGGCAUAAUGUGGUGCGAGAUCAAGCAAACUAGCAGAGUAUAGAGUAGUAUAACUUUAUUAUGGUGUUAGUAUAUAACAACGUGCACUGUAAUAUGAUUAUAUAAUAAGUAUGAGCUUUGUACUAUUAUGGGCUGAAGGUCACGCGAUUGCCCCUUCCCCUUCGCGUGCAGUAUUCCAAAUCGCAAUCUUUAUCGCCUGGAAUUUCAUGUACUUACUUUCUUGUAAUCUGAUUUGGAAAUUUGGGUGCAGUUGCAACGGCAAAAUAUUGAAUUCUGCCUUGCCUUGUGGCCAGUUGUUCGUCUUCUCCCAUUUGACAGUCGGUUGAUAUAUUAUUCGAUUAAGCAAUGAUCGUCUCAUUUGAUGUGAUUGCGUAAUCUUGCAAAUCAACGAAUUCCUGCUCUGCCGUUAAAGAGAAAAUACCGGUAAUCUUGAUAUCAAUUCGUUUCUUAUCAAUACAUGUGUCUAAAAAGAAUAUGUUUCCCAUCUCUUUCCUUUUUUAAAAAUAUUUAGUCUUCUGUUCCCCUAUUAUUGCGUUUUAUGAACUUCUGUAGUAUUUCUGAUAGUAUUUCUGCACUAAUAUAAUGGAUUUUUUUUUCUUUUAUAAGCAAAUUUAGAAUUAUGGAGAUAUAUUCCAAUUUCCAAUUUCUAAGCACAGAUGAAAACACCAGGAACAGCCGAUAUCCAAAUAGUGUUGUAGAUCUGCUGUAAAAAAAACAACAACAACCUCUUUUGUUUACACUGACCAAACGGAACAAAGUGUGUGAACAUUCAUAUAACUCUGUACUGUGUAAGAAUGUGUUAUCGUAAUUCAGAGGAGAAAGUUAGGUCUUCUUUCUAUAGACUUGGUAGAAUAAGUCGAAGUAUUGCCGAAACUAUGGAUGUCUUCCAAAGUCCCCCGGAAUCUAGAGCCAUCAGUGUUGUAUCUGAACCAACCGACCCGUAGUCAUGGCGUGGCUUUAGCAUCAUUGCAUAUCAUUUUAUUAACAUUCAAAUCACUGUCUUCCCAUCAGAUUAUUUAGUCCAUAGUACUUUCCUGUGAAGAAGAAAUGUAUUUUCCCUAUUACAUAUGUAAAUUUUCCAAUAUAUAAAAAAAAAGAAUGUCUAUUUCAAUAUCAGUCGAGAUGAAAUUUGUGAAAGGUUGUGAAGACUGCCGGAAAGCUCUUGGCUGUCGAUUAGAAUGACGAACCAAAACAAAACAAAAAAAUAAAAAAUAAAAAAAAUAUAUCAUUCGUGUGCUUUAA